CCCGUCAGCAGCAGGAGGCGGCCGCCAGCUUGGCUGAGGGCAGAAGCGUGCCGGGAUGGAGGGUGGACAAACAGCCCAACACUAAAACCACGCAGCAGCGGGUCCAAACCUGCAUCUCCUCCCGCGAGAGCAGACCCGCCGGCUUCAGGAGUCCUGAUAGCGCGGCGUUUCCGGGGCGCCCUGCGAGGCCAUGGGGAGGAUCGGGCUGCAGCUGCGCGCCACGCUGGAGAACAUCACCCGGCUGCGGGCCGAAGGGGAGGACUUCCGCUGGUACCUCAAGCUGAAGUGUGGGAACUGUGGUGAGGUUUCUGAGAAGUGGCAGUAUCUGCGCCUGAUGGACAGUGCUCCCCUGAAAGGAGGCAGAGGAAGUGCCACUAUGGUGCAGAAGUGCAAGCUGUGCUCCAGGGAGAACUCCAUUGAGAUUUUAAGUCAGACAAUCAAACCUUACAACGCUGAAGACAGUGAGAAAUUCAAAACCAUAGUGGAGUUCGAAUGCCGAGGUCUGGAGCCAGUUGACUUUCAACCACAGGCAGGGUUUGCUGCUGAAGGUGCAGAAUCUGGCACACCUUUCAAUGAUAUCAACUUGUUAGAAAAGGAUUGGAAUGACUAUGAUGAAAAAAUGAAGGAAUCUGUUGGAAUCUACGAAGUUACCCAUAAAUUUGUAAAAUGCUGAAGUUCAUAUCCCAAAUAAAUCCUGAGCUUCUUGCUGGUGAAGAAGCUGUAACCAUCACAGAUGCAGUUUCCUGGGAGUUACUUUGCACUUGGCUGUACUUUAGCAAUGGGAUCCUAAGUUGUGCUUACUGCCUCCAGCAUGCCCUACUGAAACACUUUCCUCAAAGUACUUGGAGAUAGCCUCAGUAAAAACUGAAAGCCCUUUU